AGGGAGGAGGGGCCUUUCCGAGAAAGGGCGGGGGGGGGAGGGCAUGGCCCCGAAGCCCAUAGCCCUUGGAGCUGGGCACAAGGGGCCACCGAGCCAUCUUGCCUGGGCUGUGUGUAGCCACGGGGUCUUUCGGGGUUGCCUCUCCUUCCCAUCAGGGUGUGUGGCCGAGGAGACAGGGAGCCUUUGCUGUGUGGAGACCAGGCAGGGCCCUGCGUGUUUCUGCCAGAGAUGGGUGCCCUUCGACCCUCCCGCUUCUGACUCUGCCAGGAAAGGCGGGGUCUGGAAUUCCGAGGCCUUGUGCAAGGGAGGACGGAGCUCUGGACCGAGCUGCUGCCUCCUCCUCCUCCUCCUCCUCCCUCUUCACUAUUCUGCAGCGGUUCCUCAGCAUUCACCUUCCACACCUGCUUCAGCUUUGGAUUGGAAACAGAGCCAGUGAGGACAUUCCAGCAGCCAUGCUGGCGGACUUCCUUGGUUUGAGGAUGGUUGAAGUGUGGGCUGGCCCCUUGUAGGACUCUUGCCCCUGAAAAGAGCCCAGAGGCUUCCCCACUUGUGUGUCUGAGCAAGGGGAGGGGGAGCGAGGGAAUGAACACUGCCAUACAACAGACUGCACUUAGCUUCAAAGUCUGUGUGGGCAAUUCCAUGCCGUGUGUGUGCCCGUGAUGUAUAGCUGAGCAGUGGCAUUUGCACAACUUGCUUUUCUGUGUUUGUUGUGCCGCGCAAAUCUAGCCUAGUUGGUUAACUCAUUCGUCCAGGCGUUCCCUGCCUGGGAAGGGUGGCAGCCUCUUGGUCUCUGGUCUGCUGUUCUGCUCCCGGCUGCUUAGCUAGGAUGGGCCAGGAGAGGAUCCAGAAUCAAGCUGGAAACUGGAGACAACUGAAAUACCUAAGCGCCAGCCAGCAAGGAGAGAGUGACCUCUAUUACACGCUGCUUUGCUUUGCUUUCACUCUCUGAAAGGAAGUCUGGGUUAUGAAUCGUGAGUUGCAAUUCAGCGAGCAACGAACUCGAUGCAGGAGGUAGAGCAGGCACGAUCUUCGGUGAACGCCCACCACACGCUGGAUGCCACUCCAUGAGAGGGAGGAGAGUCCUCCUUGCUUGGCAUCUCUUGGCACAUGGAGCGCCACAAAGACAUGGUCUUCAGCCGACUCUUCCUGACUGAGUGCAGUUAAAUUCAGGCCAGUGAGUUUGGGACCAACUUGAUGGCUGUCCCUCAGAGGGUUGUCACUAAACCUGUAACGUGGUUUGCUUGGUUUGGGUUUAGCAUCUUAUGUGAAUUCCACCUCUAAGGCACGGUUUAUAGCUUGGUCCUUUGUGCGGGCCCAGUCAGUUGUGUUUAUUCAGCAAAUAGUGGCUUCCCACAAACAGGACUUUGGCGGGGGAGAGAGGCCCUUCCUUCGUUUCCAUCCGAUCUGUCAUUCUUGCCAUCUUAUCUCUUUCACCUCCUGUUUUAUUGGCUUGCUUGUAAUUUCCUUGUUUUGAUUUUUGUGAGCCACCAGAGUCUUUGGGAGUUGGGCAGCUUACAAGUUUGAUAAACAAAAGCAAACAAACAAAUAAAUGCACCCUAGUUCUCCGGAAAAGGAGUGCCGCGGUGCGUGUCACUUGAUCGGGAAAGCAGCCAGGCACCAGGGUGAGGAAGAGGCUGGUCCCUGGCACCCUCACUCGGAGCUCUCUUGGGCCAGAGGAACAAUGGGAGCCCUCCCAGGGGCUGCUGCCAGCUGCGGCAGAUGUCCCCGGGUGGAGGGCGCGCGUCCUGCCUGCUCCGGUCGGAAUGGAGAUGGGCUGGGCCCGGGGCCGCUGGGGCCGGCAUCCGCUUCCCGCCAUGCAGGGCUCCCUUGCUGCUUAUCCUUCGCCCGCAUAAGAGGCUUCUGCUGCUCUUCUAGUGCUGCUAGCGGUCAUUUAACCAGUGCAAGGUCCCCUCAGCUAAAAGGGAAGCCACGCCGAUGGCAAAGCAGAAGGGCCAGCAGCAACGCCGGUCUCUGUCCCGCCUCAGACAGCACUUUGCGCAAAGAGCGGGAAGUGAUGCUGCAGCUGAAGGAGGUGGUGGAUCGUCAGCGGGACAAGAUCCGUGCCCAGGACCACGAGAUCCAGUGCAAGGGCCAGGACACAGAGGCGCUGCAGGAACAGCUCAACCGCUUCAUGGCCAUGAAUGAGAACCUUCGCCGGAAGCUGGCCAUCGUGCAGGCACAGCUCGGGAGCGCCCUGGAGAAGAAGGCGGAGAUGGAGGCCCUCUGGGAAGCGGAAAGGGGUAGCCGAGCAGCUGCGCCCUUGAGGACUGGCGCCACCAUGGAAGAGGAGGAGGGGGGUGCGGCAGUGGCCCCGGCACCCCCAGAGCACCUGCCUGGCCAGCGCUCCUUCUCCAAAGAAGAGCUGCAGCAGAUCCUGCAAGAACGCAAUGAGCUGAAAACCAGCCUUUUCUUGGUGGAGGAGGAGUUGGCCUAUUACCAGCGGGAGCUGCUUAACGAUGAGCGGGUCCCUGCCCUCCUCCUGGACGCGGUGAAAUCUGCCAUCAAGAAACAGCGCAAAAAGAUCUGGGCCAAGAUGCUGGGGACAGAAGAGGAACCGACGAGCAGGGAGGAGGAGGAGGAGGGUGAGGGGUGGCUGACGGACCCCCCAGGUUCUGACCGCACGGAUGGCCGCCUGCCUGAAUCCAGGAUCAAGAGCUUCGCCGAGCCUCGAAGCGAUCCAGAUCCCAGGCCGUGGAAAGAGGAUUCCCGGGAAAAGACAAGCCCCGUCCUCGGCCUGGAGUGGGCCGGCUGGCCGGCUUCCUCAGGAAGACCCGCAGGAAAUGGGCGGAGAGGCGCUUCUGCGCGGAGGGUCGCGGCUGUCUGGGCAGCGGGGCGUCCUGCUCGCAGGGCCCCCGGGACAAUGGAGCGCUGCUGGGCUCCGCUGCUGCUGCUGCUCGGCCUGCCGGGCCCCGGGAACGGCUCCGUGGAGCUGGAGCCCGGGAGAAGGCACGUGUGCAGGUCGGCGGAUAGCGUGCCCCCCGUCCUCAUCUGCUGCCCGGGAUGGAAGCAAGUAGGCCCCGAAUGCCCCCUUGCCCUCUGUUUGGGGGCCGACGCCUGCCGGGAGGAGGAGGUCUGCGUUCGCCCUGCUGUCUGCCGCUGCCGGCCGGGCUUCUUCGGGGCCAACUGCAGUGCCCGCUGCCCGGAGCAGUACUGGGGCCCGGACUGCAAGCAGAGCUGCCGCUGCCACCCCCAUGGGAGGUGCCACCCAGCCAGUGGAGUGUGCAGCUGCCACCCCGACUGGUGGGGACCGCUCUGCCAGUCAGCUUGCCUGUGUGGGCAGCGAGGCCACUGCCACCCUGUCACGGGGACCUGCCAGUGCGAGCCAGGCUGGUGGGCCCCUGACUGUCGGCGGCAGUGCCAGUGCAAUCUCUCCGGCUCUCGCUGCGAUCCAGUGACGGGCCGCUGUCUCUGCCAUCGGGGCUGGUGGGGCAGGCGAUGUGCCUCUUUCUGCAGCUGUAACGGCUCGCCUUGCGCCCAGGAGUCUGGCCGAUGCGAGUGCAAGGCAGGGUGGUGGGGGGCAGCCUGCCAGCACCUGUGCCAGUGUCUGCACGGCACGUGCGCACCUCAGGAUGGACGCUGCACCUGCGAUGCUGGUUACAGGGGCCAAAGCUGCACUGAGCCCUGCCCUGGUGGGACGUACGGAUCCCAGUGCGCCCACAGCUGUGGCCAUUGCAGGAACCAAGAGCCGUGCUCCCCCACUGACGGGGCCUGCCUGGCCUGCGACCCUGGCUGGAACGGGAUCCACUGCAAGCAGCCGUGCCCUCGGGGCCUGUACGGAGAGAACUGCACCCAGCUGUGCCCCCGCUGUCGCCGAGGAGAGACUUGCCACCUGCAGACAGGAGAAUGCCAGAACUGCGAGGCAGGAUUCGCGGGGGCCAGGUGCGAGACCCCUUGCCCCCCCGGCUUCUUUGGAGACGGCUGCCAGUCUCCUUGCCCGGACUGCUUCCACGGGAGCUGUGAUCCUGUCUCUGGAACCUGCCUCUGCCAGGCUGGCUACUGGGGCACCAGUUGCAACCAGACCUGCCCGGAAGCCUUUCAUGGCCCCAACUGCUCAGCGCCCUGCCACUGUGCGGGGGCACCAUGCCACCCACUCUCUGGAGACUGCCAGUGGCGACUCCAAGACCAGGAGGCCCUCCUCACAGGCAUACUGGGCCCCCUCCUGCUCCUGCUCCUGCUCCUGCUUUGCUGCUGUUGCUGUUGCUGCCGCUGUGGGGCAGCCUCUGGGCACAGGGCACCAGGGGCCGAGGAGAAUCCCUUCUCUCGAGCGAAGCAUCGCGUGACGGCCUUGCUGCCUGACCUCACCUCCAGCUUGCCCUGCCUCUCAGGGGGGGGCUCGAAGCUUCCGCGGGUGACCGUUGCCCACCGUGACCCAGAGAUUCCCUUCAACCCCAGUUUCAUCGAAGCAGCCUCUGCUGCCUGGCCCUCCGACAGCUCCUUCGCCUCCUCCUCCUCCGACAGAGCCGAUGAAGAAAAGGGGGGCUGCCAAGGGCCACAGUCCGCUCUCCCUCCCAGUGAAGCCCCGGAGGACAGCUAUCCACCCAGCCUUCUCCCUGAGGCAGCGUUGCAUCCCUCACCCUUUGCCAUCCCUCGCACCUCCAGCAUUGCCAAGGGCAAGCGGCCCUCUGUCUCCUUUGCGGAAGGGACUCACUUUGGCCCUCAGAGUCCCAGGUCCCCCCCAGAGGCCCUCAACCCCACCUGGAAGCAAAAGGCCUCUGGGAGCACAGUCCAAGGGGUUCCUCCUCUGCAGCCCAGCAGAUCCCAGGAGGCAUCGUGCGACUCCCUGGGCAGAAGCUGCUAUGAGAAUGUGGCACCUGCUCCCUGGGAGGAGAGCUGCUGUGCCCCUGCGUGCCGUGCCCCUGGUGGCCACAGGAGCUGGGCUGGUGGCUCCCGGCCCCUGGUGCAGAGAGUGGAGGCUCUGGAGGCAGCAGCUGUGGAAACUCCUGUCCCUGGGCUGAGCAUCACCACCAUUUACGUGACUGUGGGCCAGGCUGGAAGGGGCAGCGAGGGCCCCCUGCAGCAUCGGGGCAGGGGGCAGGAGGAGACCACCCAGCCAAGAAGCCUGCAGAAGCUGCCUUGUAGGGUGCAGAAUGCUGGGAAGGACACCCCAAGGAAGCCGGCCGCAGAGGCAGGCCUCAGCGUGGCUGAUGCUGAAGGCCUGCUGGCUCCUGACGAGGCGGAUGGUGGAGGGAGCAGCGGCCUGGAGCUGUGAGCCUGCCUGGAGGAGCACAGCCAGGGGAGCAAAUGUGCCCUGCUGGGUUUGCCCCUGGAGCCCAGCUAAGUCUGGCUCCCUCCCACAAAAGAGGGGGAGCAAAGCUUGAAGGGGAAGAGGCCAAUCCCGCCCAUGCCCUGGAGAAGCUGCCUGCCCAGAAGGGGUUGGGCCCCCAUCCUUCAAUCCUUACCAAGCAGGAGUCUGCCUGCAGUUGCCUAGUGCCCCACAGAAAUGAGGCACUUCCCUCCUCUUCUGAGGGGGAAGCUAAGAAAAGAGCCUUUGGCCACAGUCUGGCAUCUGGAUAGUGCCCCCUCAGAUGUCUCUGAGCUGCUGCAUUGUACUGACAAAGCCACUGGCCCGAAACUGCUGGCACAUGCCAUCCCUCCUCCCAACAAUUCGGCUCUUCUGCUUGUGGGUACCCAGCCUUGAAAGGUUCUGGGGAGCUGCCAGUGGUGGCCAGCAGGGGGCGCCUGCCGCUGGCAGAGCACCAGCCUCCUCCAGGAGUCUUGGGCGAAAGAGGCCAGAGGCCGCGGCCAGCCGGCCAGCCAGCGGGAGGCAUGUGGGAAAGCUGAACUGGCAGCCUUGCCCAAAAGCCUUGCUGGGCCCCCAAAGCAGAAAUGCUUUGCAAGCCAAGACCCGGAAGAGCACGUGGAGUCCUAAACAAAACGUUUGUCAGAGGGAUGAAUGACCACUAAGACUGCAUUAACUGUAUGGAGUCAAUCCAUUUUAAUUUGGAAUUAAAACGAAUUUACUUCUAACCUCAGCUGCUGCUUCUUCCUGGCCUGUCCCCUUGCUGGCCUGUGGCCCCCACUGUGACAGGCAACAGCAGUUUAUGGUUAACUAAACCCUGGUUUAUAGUUUAUGGUUAACUAAACCUUGGUUUACUUAGUGCAGUAUUCUGGGCCCACGUGACACACUGAACCCUGACUGAAGCAUCCAAGCUAGUUUGCCCAGGGCGCAAAUGAAAAUAUUGGGGAUACUGGCCUAGGACCUGGCACUUUUCACCCCUCUUGACACUUCAGUGUAAGGAAGGACCACUGAUUCAGACCUGAGCAGUGUUCAAAUCACCCUUUGCCAACCCAGUCCACAUCCACUCCUUGGUGAAAAAGUGUUCACCCUUCCUGGAUUCUCCUGAACGUUUAUCUCUUUGCCACUGGAUGUUAUCACAACUUCACGUGGGUUCUGCUGAUCCUUCAAGGGGCCUGAAUAAACACAUGGCACCAGAGCUCCAGUUAGUAGCACUGGUUCACAAUCACAGCCAUCCAAUUCGCAGCAUGCCAGAGUGACAAGUAAUUCCCCUACCCCCACAGCUCAAUUCAAUCAAAGGGAUAAGGGGGCCAGUUGGAGCAGUUAAUUAAAAAAAAGUCAGGGCUGAUUUGGGCCAGCCCCGCCCUAUAGAAAUCUCACCAGUCUCAGCUCCUCGACCACAGGGAUGUUCUCAGAUUCUAGAGGCGCACCGUGCCCUGCUCAGAACACAUUAAUGAUCUGUUCUCCCAAAAAAUCCUGGAUGCCUCUCGCUCUGGAAAAAUUAAAAUCAUUUCCAAAGCCCUGGGCUCCCUUGGUCCCCUGUCAGAUGCAAGACUUGAAAUGGAGAUUUGGGAUGAGAGUAUCUUCACAAGAGGGGCAGUCCUGUCAAAAUCUCUCCACAAGCACAGCAUAAAAUUGUACAAGAAGUCACAAAGAACCCAGAACAACAUCCAGGGAUCCACAGGCCCUUCUCACCUUGGCCAGAGUCAAACAUUCCUGUUUCCACUCUCUGAAAAGCAUUGAGAAAAAUGGGAUUUAUGGGAAAGCAGCAAGAAGAAAGCCACUGCUGAAAAGGAGAACAUUGGUGCUCCUCUCAGGUUUGCUAAAAAGCACCUGAGUGACCCUCCAACCUUCUGGAGGACCCCCCCCCCCGAGUGCAAAGUGGAGCAGGGCUACUGUCAGGCAUGCAGGUGGGAACGUGAGGGUUGGGGCUGCCUCAUGACGUGGAUAACCUGUCAUCCAGGUGAGCGCGGCUUUAGCUCUGCGGUGGAGAGUUAAGCGAGAGACCUUUGGUCCGCAUAUGAAAUUGAAGCGCGCGUGAGUGAUGCAACAAGAUGGCAGUCUCAAGGGUACCAGCCCCCCUCCAGGACAAAGAGACCCAGUGCUCUGGAACCACCAACCCUGCUGGAGCUCCUGGGCAGGCAGGCCAUGCUAAAGCAAGCUGAAAUCUUCCUGAGCAGGGAUGGGCUGGGGUUCGUUCACACACACAGCUGGGAAAGAGGAGCUCCCAUUGCAGGAAAUGUUUGGCUACUGCGAUCACAGCCAGAAGUGGUGCGACCAGUUAGGGAAUCUAAGGCCAACUUUUUCUCCCACAGGCACAUCGCGUGUUGGCACAAGCUCCACUUUGAUGUGAUGUGUUUACUCAGACCCCCUUGAAGAAUCAGCAGGACCACUGAAGCGCUGAUAACAUUCACUGGCAGAUAGGCAGACAGAAUCCGAAAGGACGACUACUUUAUCCUUGAAGGGGCGCCGGAGGCCAUUCGCCCCCUCCCCCGCCAAUCCGGUUUCUUCCAGGCCGCCCCGGCUCUCACGGGCGGCUGCGGGCGGGGGGGCAUCGCCCUGCGGGGGCACCGGUGGGCGCGGAAGGAGGGGCGCUCCAGACUCCCG